AUGCUUCGGUGCCACUAUCGAUGCUUAUACGCAGUUUCUACAACAACAAAACUCCAAUGCUUUUGGCAACUUGGGAAAUACUUUAAACAAUCAGCCAAAUCAUCGGAGAAACAAGUUGCAAAAGAAGCAAUAUUCUAUGGAGCUUUAAUAAGAUUGCAGCAGAAUUGGAAAGUUAAGAGGCAUAGAAUGGCUGCUUCUGCUGCUGGAAAUGAAGGGAACACCAACAGUCCAUUUAAGGAGUCGUCCAAAUGUGGGGUCGAUCAGGUUGCUAUUCAGAUUGGAAUGACAUUUGAGGGAAGAAUUCAGAUAAUUUUGGAGAAAGCCAAGAAGUGCCCAAAGAAGAAGGUUUUAAUCCAAGCUCAACAAGAUGGAACAAAAGAAAACCCAGCAAAAGGUAGAUCAACAAUUGGCACAGGGAGUAGUGAUAUUUACCAAACAAAUCAAAAUCAAAAUAUGAAAAGGUUGCGUUGA